ACAUCAUGGUACCUAUCAAAAAAAGAGGAAAAUAUUUGUAAUCGUAGAUUUAACCGCCAAUGUAUUUCAAAUUGUCGUCAUUUUUAUUAAAAGUUUUACCUUUAAUUUUUCUCUUGAAAUUUAGUGAUUUAUAUAUUAGUUCGUAUCUUAUGAUAAAGACAAUUGAUUAUAUGGAUGCGAUGUCACAUUGAAUGAGCUUCGAAGUGGAUCGGUAUUCGGCUUCGUGGGCACACAUAGCCCUAUGUGCGGAUAUCACAUGGGCUACUGAACCCCCCGAUGAAUUCAUUAUAGCUAAUCAGCGUCUCUGGACACAACAUUGUCGAGUUUCUCAAGUUUUGCAGGAGACAUCGCUAGAGUCUCAGAGUGUUCAAGCAAAUAAUCAAAUUGAAAUAAUAGACAAACGAGCUAUUUCAAAUCAAAGUCCAGAAAAUGGAGGCUGUAGCGGCCGACGGAGCGUGAAGGACGUGAUUCCCGAGUCGAGACUAGCGCAGUUUUAUGGAAAUUUCUAUUACGACGAAUCCAGGGAAAAAUGUUAUAUAAACGCGAAUGAGAGAUCGAGUGGGCGCGGAUAUAACGGACAAGGCUGCGAAAAUUCUGAUCUUACAGAAUGUUGGAUGCUGCCUGAGGUGGAAUAUUGGUUCCGCAAAUUGGUAGACGACUCCUCGGAUCGAAGCGUAGUUCCGCGUCGACGAAGACAGUACAGGAUGCUGCCAGAUGACGAUUUCGAGCGCUUGGGACCGGCCGGGUUGCGAGCUGCGGGCGAAGAGUCGGCUUUAGCUGCCAGAGUGCACAGCGUUCGAGGCCUGUGGGCCCAGCCGGUUCCCGUACGACCCCCACGAGCCCCCAGUCCACCACCUGUGCCCCGAAAGAUACGUGCUCGCCGACGUCAACCCAGAAGACUUGCAGCGUUGGCCCCACCCCCACCAGCCUACUGUUUAGAAGUGCCUGCGCAGCUCUUCUGUGAUCCCACGUGCAAGUUUCAGUUCGAUUCGCCGCGCCCGCCACAUUUGAACGUGGUGGAAUGUCAGCGUACAAUGGGAAGGAUAUCAGCCAGUGUUCAAGUGGCUAUGAGAGCGUCGGCAGCACGAUGCCCCCCUUACCGUGGAACUAAUGUGAGCAGAUACGCGCCCACUGGCCAAAGACCAGCGCGUUGCCCCGACAGGCGAUGCGGCAUCUGGUGGCCAAAGGACCCAUCGCCAAGACUUAAUCAUACCUUCCAACUCACAAACGAACUAUGUAACGAACCCCCAAAAAUGACACCAAAAAUUGAACAAGAAAGCGUAGAACCUGAUGCAGAAGAUCAAAGCGUUGAACCUACACCAACAGUUGAAGCUCUAGAAGCAGAGAAGGCAGAACAGAAACCAUCAGAUGUAACUACUGAUGUAAAUACUGAUAGCCAAGAAGCAUCAACAAGUAGUGCAGCUAUGGAAACUGGUUUGAGGAAAAAGCGCCUGUACAGCACUGUUCUCAGUAUGUGUGCACCAACACCGAUUUUAACACCAGUAGGAUGCGUCAGGUUAAAACAGAAAUUAGUUACGCCAGGCCUAAUAAAACUGAACCCUAAGAUUGUUCUACCUACAACAAGAAUGCGUUCUGUGAAUGUAGUUGAUAAUAAAUUUGAAGAGCUAGAAAAAGAGGCUUUAGAGCAAUAUAAAGCCUCGGACGAGAGUAUAGACACCAAAUUUCGUGAACUAGAGAAGCAAGCAGUUGAACAAUAUAGUACCAGCAAUAGUAACACCAGUUGUAGUAGUGGCAAUUCUGCUGAGAAACGCACGUCGAUCUCUCCAUCGGUGUCGGACGAUCCAAAGAUAAAAAGACAAGCGGCAAAAUUUCAGAAAGAAAAAGUCGAUAGUGUUGUAAUUUACUCCCAAAAUUUUCCAGAUCUCAAUACGAAAUCACAUACCAAUGUCAGUUUAAAAAACUUCCACACCCCCCCGAGGGGGGAAAAAAAGGAGCAAACACAUAGACCAAAGCGGACAUUGAAGAGUGAGCAGAGAGCAGCUUCUGACACUGACUAUGAAGCCAAGGAAGUUAAAUUGAAAGGCCAUAAAGGUCCUUUACGUUGGACCCUUCAUGUUGUACCGCCAAAAAAACGGCAUUUAACCUCAUGUGUGUCGGAUUGUUCAUCUGAUGAAGAAAUUGAAGAUGGUAGCGGAUCCAUUAAAGACGCAAGGCCCUGUAUAAGACGUCAUGUCUCUGGUAAAGUUAAGAUGUCUGCUCACGGUGGGGGCGAUUUGCAUCCAAUCAUGAGGAAGACAUAAACAACAAAAGAACUAAUGAUAUGUUCUGCUUUGCCACUGAAAGUUGUGGAUCGAAAUUAAGGAAUGCGUAUAGACAAAUCGAACCUGGUGUUGUCAAGUAAAUUAUUGUAACGUUUAUUUUUUGAGCAUUUUUUUGCGAUCGUCAACUUUUAGUGGUCGAAAUUUGUUUUUUUUGAUAUAAUUAUUGUGGUGAAAAGACAGUGAGAACGGUGGUGAAGUGAGUGGUGUGACAAGCGGUGUACCGAACUGUGGCUUGUGAUAAAGCUGUUUUAGCAAUGUGCUCAUUUUACUAGUCAUAAAUGCUUUGUAUAUAAUAUAUUUGUAUUUUUGAACUUAUUAAUGGAAAUAUCUAUUAAGAAAUAUUAUUUCAGUUAAAAAAAAAGUAUAUUACAAACAUAAAUU